AUGGCGCGCGCGCGCGAUCCCGCCCUUCUACCUCCGUUUCCUAUAGGCAGUCCCGGCUCGUCUACCGCCAGUUUGAAAAUUAAACAGCCUCAGCGCUUCCCAUUGGGCCCUCUUUGCCAUCACGUGAUUUUGCUUCCCCCACUCAGACCGUUUCGCGCGCCUUUUCGAAUGAUUUUUAUCUAUAGUCCCUGUAUCCUUCCUCCUCACUCGGCCAGGAGGGAGGGAAAUAAAAUAGUCCCUGAAAGAUGUCUGUCCCGGCAGCCGGAAUUUCUGCAGCUCCAGAAGGGUGAUUUUUGUCAGCAGGUAAGACUUCCAGUUUCAAAGAUGCCACUCUUUGGGAAAAUUGUUGUUAUUAAAAGGAAUGGGACCGAUGGAAUCCAUUUUCCACUCACUGCAAGUUCUUGUUUAUUUGGAAGGAAAACGGAGUGUGAUAUCCGCAUACAGCUGCCUCAGGUCUCAAAAGAACAUUGUAAAAUUGAAGUCAAUGAGAACAAGGAGGCAAUCUUGAUUAAUUUAAGUACUGUAAAUCCAACGCAAUUGAAUGGUAACAGUUUUCAGCAACCUGCACAUCUGAAGCAUGGAGAUGUGUUCACUAUUGUUGAUCGUUCUUUCAGGUUUGAAUAUCCUCCUCAAUCAACUCCAAAAAAGAGACUUUCUAGAACUCCAAAAAAUGAAACCCUACAGGUUCUUCAUGUUCAGCAGGUGGCAGAAGUGGAAUUACAGAGCCCAACAUCUAAAAGUCCUCAUACGUCUGAUAAAAACAUAGAAUGUGAAGGCCAAAAUUUUGGUGAAAAUGACAAGCAAAGCACUGAGGAAGAUAUUUCCAGAGUUGUACUAGCCAAACAACAUGCAACAUCUAAAUCAACAUACAGAACAGCUAAAUCUAACAGAAGAGAAAAUGAGAUGUCUCCUUUUAGCAAACUUUAUGAAUUGUUGAAAAACGAGAUUGAUGUGAAAACACAGAAAGAUGGCAACGAAGAGAUACCUAUGCCACGACAUGCAGAGACUAAUGCCCAGCAAAUUUCAUUAUUGAUAUUUCCAUCUGGUCAAGAGACCCAAACUAAGGAAAAAGAGACAAUCAUUGGUGAAAAUAUUGAACAGUCUAAAGUUAAAGAACAAGAAAUAAAUGAUGUGGAACUUAAUCAGAUUUCUACUGAAGGAAAUAGUUCUAAGACCAAUGAAAUAAGUUCUGCAAAUUCAGGUGAACCACAGACUGGACAAGAUCCAUCAUUAGGAGUUAAAGCAACAGAAAUUGCAAAUGAAAUUCAAAAGAAGGAUGUAGUGUGCAGUAGUGUUCGUGAGAAUGAAUCAUGUAUUUUGGGAAAAAAUAAUAAAUAUUCAAAGCAAAAAAGAAAUAGUAAACAGCUUACACCAAGAAAAUCCUUAAAUGCAGAAGAAGUGCUAAAAGAAAUUCAUGAUGAGACUUACUCAGUUAGCAUAACUAAGGAGAGAGAUUCUGAAACCGUUGGAUUUUCUCCUGGGUAUAGUAAUUCCAAAAGCCCCAAAGGGAGUGUUAGACAAAGUAAAAAAAAUUCAAAUAAAAAUCCAUUAUCAGAGUUAUUAGCUCCGGAAAGGUUAACACCGAAAGAUGAAUCUUCUGCUAGCCAUAAACAUCACUCUGGAGCGCGAAGGGGAAGACGAAUGAGCUCUGGCAAAGUGGCUGAAGAAACACUGGAGAGAGCUCCAUCUCAAGAACAUUACAAGAAUGUAGAUAUUAAAGGUAGCGAUGUUAAAGAAAAGCUGAGCACAGAGAACAACCAACAGAAAUUAGAGGUGGAAGAUGCUAAUAUUGUACUGGGACCUCACAGAUUGUCAUCAAAAAGAAGGUGCUCUGAAAGUGUUGCACUUCUGAGAGAUGAUGAAGUUGCAUCAGAAAGAAAUAUUUCUAGCCUACCUACUGAAGAGAAAAAGUCAGGUGAGACAAAGAGGUUACCUGAAAAGCGGAAAAGUGGAGAGCUUGAGUCAUUACAUCAGCCUUUUGGGAAAAGAAAGAGAGUGUCCUUUGGUGGUCAUCUCAGUCCUGAACUUUUUGAUAAAAGUCUACCACCCAAUUCACCACUUAGAAGAGGUGCAAUUCCAGCAAGGUUAAGCUUACCAUUUGGAAAUUCACCUCGUGCAGUUCUGAAGAAGGGACAGGGAUUCAAACGUCUUGUAAUCAAGGAUCUUUCAGAGCAUUUGCAGAGACAAAAAUCAUCACAAAAAAACUUGCCCGCCAGGAGGUCCCCGGCUGCCUCGCCGCCCGCCAGGAGGUCCCCGGCUGCCUCGCCGCCCGCCAGGAGGUCCCCGGCUGCCUCGCCGCCUGCCCUUGAAAAAAUAUCACCUAAGCUCACUGCAAACUCCCCAUCAAAUACACCAUUCACAAAAGGACGUUUCUCUAUUUCUCACAUUAGCACACUAUCUCCUACUUCAAAGGAGCAGGGUACUGCUGCAACAGAAGUUAAGGGAAGUGAUGGAGAUUUUACUGGAGUCAAGACACCUGAACCUUUUCAUAUUAACCAGGAACAUCAGGUGUCUGUGCCAACUACACCUAAACAAUUAAUAAGGCGUAGUAUAAGAUUUUCUGCAAAGAGAACUCCCAUGAAGAGGAGGAGCGAUGCUGUGGAAAUAAUUCAUUCUAAAAGAAGAAGUGGUGCUUCUAAAGCCAAUUUGCUAGUUGCAAAAUCUUGGGCAGAAGUGGUGAAGUUCGGUGUUGCAAGACCACAAAUAAAAGCUGUUAAAAAAUAUGUUCUCAAAGGAAAAUCAACCAAGAAGUUAACAAAAUCACCAAAGACUCCAGCAAGAAAAGUAAAGGGUCAUUUUAGUACAGGUCAUGCAGAUUCUCCAGCUACAAUAGUGAUAGGAAGAGCUCAUACCACCACAGUGAAGCUGAUUGGAGAGGCCCCUAGAGUGGUCAAGAAUUGUGCUUUGAAACCAAACAUGGAUAUAAAUGAAAGCUUCACAGGAAUGACUGAGAUGUUUAGAACUCCAGUAGAUGAAAAUCAAAGAAGUCCGUCUUUGUCUGCUGCUCACAAGACUGAUUUUACACCAUCAUGUGCUGACGUAGAAGGCUCUGAGGUACACACUCCAGAGGAAUCUGGAGAGAUGGUAAUAUCACCAUUAAGUACCUCAGGCAUGUCACAACAGAGAAAAGAUUGUCAAGAUGUUGUAUCUUGCUUCCUGAGGGUGGAGAAGUCUCCAAAUUCUGCUUUUGUGGCUGUUAAGUUAAAGCAGACUCCUAAAAAAGAGAGAACUGUACUGGAAAAGAAGGUGGAAAUGAAUAAUCUGUUAGUAAUGCCAGAAAAGCAUGCAACUGAGAUGAGAGUGGGAGCUAAAAGGCUUGUGAAGACUCCAAAGCAAAAGAUGGAACCCGUCGAGGCCCUCUCGGGCGUCAAAAGGCUCUUGAGGACUCCAAAGCAAAAGAUGGAACCCGUCGAGGCCCUCUCGGGCGUCAAAAGGCUCUUGAGGACUCCAAAGCAAAAGAGCGAACCUGUCGAGGCUCUCUCGGGCGUCAAAAGACUUUUGAGGACUCCAAAGCAAAAGACCGAACCUGUUGAGGCUCUCUCAGGCAUCAAAAGGCUCUUGAGGACUCCAGAGCAGAAGAUGGAACCUCUUACAGAUGAAAUUGCCUUAAAAAGAUUACUAAAGACUCCAGCACAAAAAAAGCAAGUAGUAAAUGAUCUGAUGGGAGUUUGUUUUAUGAAGAGAACACAAAAGCAGAAAUGUCAGCCAGCAGAAGACAUGAUAGGGAUCAGCCAUAUGAAAACAUCUAAGCAGAGAAUCCAAUCAGAAGAUACGAUAGGAAUCAAAAGGCUAUUGAAGACAUCAAAUGAAAGAGUUGAACCAGUAGAAGACAUGUUUGGUAUCAGCAGACUACUAAGGACACCAAGGGAAAAAUAUCUACCUGUUGAUGACUUUGUGGGACUGCAAAAACUUAUGGCUGAGCCUAAACUAAAAUAUUCAAAUUCUGAACUGGAUUAUGCUGGUGUUAAAGAAAUGUUUGAUACACCAAAGGAAAUUAAGGUCAAAGUUACGGAUCUCAUGCAAGAAAAUAAUUCUCUUCAUAUUGAUCCUAAAAGUGAACAUGAAUCCAGAGGAAAUUAUGAAAGAGAACUGAAGCGAGAGAAAAAAAUGGAAGAUUCACUUGAAAAAACAUCACUCCCAUUUGUGAGAUCAAGGAAUAGAAACAUUAAAAAUGAACAAGAAUUGCAAGAAAGCCUUGAACAUGCAUGUAUUUCACCUAAGGCGUCAGAAAUUGUGAAAAAUAUAGAAAAUAUUGAAAAAGAAAAAAUGAGUGAUAGCUCUCAGACAGAGAGCCAUAAUCUCUCAAAUUCAGUAAUCUCUCUUUUACUUGCCAAAAUAGAUCCAGUUCAGGAACCAGCUAUGCAAUUGCAAAGAGAAUUAAACCAAGAUUUGAAAGAUAGUGAUGAUAAAGAAUUGUUUUUUGAAAAUUCUGUUGCCCCACAAUUAAAUCUUAUCCAGGAAUCUAUCGAUUUGUCCAGUAAAGACAAAAAAUCUGCAAGGGCAAAACAGCAGAAAAUAGAAAUAAAAGAGAACCCCUUGUCGCUAAGAGAAUGUGAAGAAAAUCUAAAGAAGAAUGUAAAUGUACUAGAAUUACCAGUUCUGAUGAAAGAGAGGAUUGAAGACCAGAAGGAAGAGGCUGUUGCUUUCACUUCUGUAGUUAAAAAUCUAGGAAGAAAAAAGAGAACCAAUCAGUGUAUGCAAGAAGAAAUUAUUUCAAAAAUUCAUGUUCACAAACAACUUGACAAAAAUAAGGAAGCUGUUUCCUCAGUAGAAAUAAAUGGAACUUUUCAUAGCUCCAGAAGAGGUAAAAGGAGUCUUGAGUCUCAUGAUAAAGAUUCUUUAGUGCUACAAAGAGAAACUACAAGUAUGAAACAGAAUUUGCAGACUGUGCCUCAGUCUGUCACAAAUCAGAUUUUAAUAAUGGAAAAUGAUCAAAGUCUGAAGACAGCAAAUGUAUCUAGUAGCAGUAAAAAUGUAAGAGGGCACCCUCUGCAAACAGGGCUUAUAGCACUUGAAGAUAAGUCUGAUCAAGAUAGUGUACAAAAUAAUGAAAAGGUGGCUCUGUCAGUUAGGAAGAGGUCUACAGGGGAGAAAAAAUUAGAAAUGCUAGAAUCAUUAGUUCCAGCUAAAAGAACCAGAAGAGGGAAAACUGAAGAUAACAAACAGGGAUUUACAGAGGAUGCAAAAGAAAAACCCCAAAGACAGACAACAAGGAACCCUUGUAGAGCAGAAACAGAAAAGUGUAUACAAACAGAUAAAAAGGAUUUUGCCAACAGUAUCAUUGAGGCUGCUGCAGUAAAAGAAUCUGAAAUCAAUAAAUCAACCCUUGAAAUUAUGGUAACAGAGAUGAAAGGAAGAAAAUCUUUAAGAGUAAAAUCAAGAAAGCAAUUAGAGGAAACAAAGAACGUAAGUACAGAGAUGGGACCUGAAAAUGUAAGAUGUGUCCAGGAAACCAAGAAAACAUCAAAAGAAACUGUAGUUAAAACACACAAAUCUAUAAAAAAUGAGACCAAAGCAUCUCAGGGAAACAAGGAAGCAGAAACAGGUCAAAGCUUAAAGUUAAAGAAGUCACAUUUUGAAAACACAAAUGAAGCACCACUUGAUGUUCGUAGCUUGCAAGCAAACAGGAAUUCAAUACAAAAAACUAAUCAAACACAUGGAAAUAAGAGAGGUCAAAAAGGUAUGUUGGACAUUAAGGAAGGUGAAUUUGCCAAGAAUGAAAAAAUGAUACCACAGAAUAUAUCAGAAACUGAACCAGAGACAAUUUCUACAAAAGACUCCCUAGGAUCUCUACAGACAGUGCAAAGUUCCAAAACCAAGGAAGCCUCAAACAAUCCAACUGCUGCAAUGGUAUACGGUCCUAAAGAUGAUGAGAGAACUGUUUUUAGACGUGGAAAGAGUAUAAGGAAAAGUGAUGGCAAACAGGAAGCAUCUGAAACCAAACAGAUAGAGAUUUUAGAAAAUAAUCCUACAGAAGCAAAUGAAAAUAUACCAAGAAGGGACAGAGGGAAAAAAGUUCAUUUUGAACUUGAGGAAGCCAGUUCUGCUUCUCUCAGAGGAAAACAAAUUUUACCUGAAGGUAAUGAUAAAGACCAAAAUGAGACUUCAGAAAACAUUCCUUCUCAAGCAAAUGAAAAUCUCUCAAGAAGGGGCAGAAGGAAAGAGGUUGAUCUCUCACCACAUGCAGUUAGUUCCACUUCUCUUAGAGAAAAAUACAGCUUGCCAGAAAGUGAUGCCAAAAAAGAAGCUGCUAAAAAAGACCAAGAUGCAGCUUUGGAAUCUACUGCUUCCCCAGCGAAAGAGAAUACAUCUAGAAGAGGCAGAAGGAAACAGGUUGAUCAUAAAGUGCUAGCAGCUAAUUCCACUUCUUUUGGACGAAAAUUCAGCUUGCCAGGAGAUGAAAAUGUGCCAUUGGAAGCUAUUAUUUCACCUACAAAAGAGAAACUAUCAAGAAGGGGCAGAAGAAACCAAGUUUCUCUCACAUCUCAGGCAGCUAGUUGCACUUCUCUCCAAGGAAAAAGCAGCUUGCCAGAAAAUGAUGGUAAAGAGAAGGUCCCUAAAGAAGACCAAAAUGUGCCUUUGGAAAAUAGUACUGAGGCAAAAGCUAAUCCACCAAGAAAGGGCAGAAGGAAACAGGUUGAUCUCACAACACAGGCAGCUAGUUCCACUUCUCUCCGAGGAAAAAGCAGCUUGCCAGAAAAUGAUGGUAAAGAGAAUGUUCCAAAAGAAGACCAAAAUGUGCCUUUGGAAAACAUUACUUCCCAGGCAUCAAAAAGGGGCAGAAGGAAACAGGUUGAUCUCACAACACAGGCAGCUAAUUCCGCUUCUCUCCGAGGAAAAAGCAGCUUGCCAGAAAAUGAUGGUAAAGAGAAGGGUCCUAAAGAAGACCAAAAUGUGCCUUUGGGAAAUACAACCAAGUCAAAAGCUAAUUCACCAAGAAAGGGCAGAAGGAAACAGGUUGAGCUCACAACACAGGCAGCUAGUUCCACUUCUCUCCGAGGAAAAAGCAGCUUGCCAGAAAAUGAUGGUAAAGAGAAUGUUCCUAAAGAAGACCAAAAUGUGCCUUUGGGAAAGACUACCGAGGCAAAAGCUAAUCCACCAAGAAAGGGCAGAAGGAAACAGAUUGAACUCACAACACAGACAGCUACUUCCUUUUCUCUCCGAGGAAAAAGCAACUUGCCAGAAAAUGAUGGUAAAGAGAAGGUUCCAAAAGAAGACCAAAAUGUGCCUUUGGAAAAUAUUACUUCCCAGGCAUCAAAAAGGGGCAGAAGGAAACUAGUUGAUCUCACAACACAGGCAUCUAGUUCCACUUCUCUCCGAGGAAAAAGCAGCUUGCCAGAGAAGGUUCCUAAAGAAGGCCAAAAUGUGCCUUUGGAAAAUAUUACUUCCCAGGCAUCAAAAAGGGGCAGAAGGAAACAGGUUGAUCUCACAUCACAGGCAGCUAGUUCCACUUCUCUCCGAGGAAAAAGCAGCUUGCCAGAGAAGGUUCCUAAAGAAGGCCAAAAUGUGCCUUUGGAAAAUAUUACUUCCCAGGCAUCAAAAAGGGGCAGAAGGAAACAGGUUGAUCUCACGUCACAGGCAGCUAGUUCCACUUCUCUCCGAGGAAAAAGCAGCUUGCCAGAAAGUGAUGGUAAAGAGAAGGUUCCUAAAGAAGACCAAAAUGUGCCUUUGGAAAAUACAACUGAGGCAAAAGCUAAUCCAUCAAGAAAGGGCAGAAGGAAACAGGUUGAUCUCACACCUCAAGCAGCUAGUUCCACUUCUCUCAGGGGAAAACGCCACUUGCCCGAGGAUGAAAAGGCAGCCAAAAAAUUAAAAUCAGAGUGUGGUGAAAGUAUAACUCUGCAGAAAGAAACAAGAAACAAAACUAAAGGAGAACUUGGCCAAGGUGGUAUAAGCAUGAUUCAGAGUGCUGGAGGAACAGAAAGGAAAACAAGAACAAGUGCAAGAACAAGAAAAUAACCUCUUUAAUAGUUGUAGAGCCAGUUUUGAAUUUUUUUCAGUAUUUGAUUUUGCAUUUUUUUACGUACUUAGAUUUGAUAGAGUUGUAAAGCAUUCCGUGAAUUUAGGUAUAAUGGAGAUAUGUUUAUCUGUUUAUAUAAGUAGAAGAGAUACCUCUUUAAAUGGCAUAAUUCAGCCAAAUAUAUUUGCUUUCCAAACUGUUGUGAGCUUGUGCAAAUUACAGCAACCAAAAAAAUUUGUGUGCCAACACUGAUGCCUCCUUUCAUUGAUGAUCAUUUCAGCAGUCUGGAAGUUGUAUUACUUUGCUGAAUCUGCCCAUAUGUAAUUGUACGUUCUUAUCUAGUUAGCUUAAUUUUGGGAUACUGAAGUUUUAUUUUUUCAUGAAAGUUCUGUAAAUAUCCUUUUAAAAAAGUCUACAGGUUUUUAUUGGCAAAACUAUUAUGUGGGAAUUCUGAUUUAACAGCUUAAAUUGACUACUGCAAAAAAUGCAAAUAGAUUUUUAUAAGAGUUAAUAAAUUUUGUAAAUGUUAA